AUGAAUAUCCAAAUUCCUGGAAUAUGUGAUCCUGAAGCAGCUAUUGAAAAGAAAAAAGAAGAAAUAAAAUAUAAAAUGGUUGUUGAACUCGAAAAAGGACACCUCAAAAUCAUUCAAGGAAAUCAGAAAAUCGAUCCGAAUUGUUACACAGAAAUUCAAGAAAUUCCCCAAUCACAAUACGAAUUAUUAGGAAAGAAAAUUGCGGAUGAUGAUUUCUGCCAGGAUACGGAUAUUCGUAAGAUUUAUUUAAUUUUUUGGAGAUGAUUUCAGAAAAAAAUGAUGGAAUUUUUCAGAUUGCGAUAGAUGCAACAGUUUUUAUCGAUCGUUUUGUCUCAAGCAUCCAUUGUUCAAAAUUCAUGACAAAGUAAGCAAUUCUGAAUUUGAUUUUAUUUGUAUUUGCUCCAAAAACGGAAUUCUGAUUCCAGCAACCACAAGAAAACGACGCAUGCAAACCAUACGCAGAAAGAACAAUUCCGCAUUUGUUUGUGAUUGGCGAAUCGACAAUUCCAACUGCUGGACUCGGUGUUUUUGCACGAGCUUUUAUUCCGGUUCGUUUAUGAUGUGGAAAACAUUUUGAACAAUUGAGAAAUUACGAUUUUUUAUAAAUUUCGAAAAUAUGAAAUUCAAAGUCAUUAUCUUAAAUUUUGCCACGUCAUAACUCAUAAUUCCAGGUUGGCAUGGUUUUUGGACCAUACAAAGGUGUGCGAUGCUCGAAAAAAUCCGAAUUUUUCCACGAUGGUUAUGCUUGGGAAGUUGAUGGAAAAGACGGAACUUUUUAUAUCGACGGAUCGCAUCCCGAAAAAUCCAAUUGGCUCAGAUAUAUUAAUAGUCCAAGACGUAGGAAUUUUGAACAUUUCAGCUAGAUUCUGAUAUAUUUUCGAUUUUCAGAUGUAAAUGAGCAAAAUUUAUUGGCAUUCCAAGUUUCUGGCCGAGUUUAUUAUCGAGUUAUCAAACCGAUUGCAGGUGCUGAGGAAUUGCUUGGUGGGUAAAAAAAUUGAAAUAUUUUUUAUUUAAAAUAAUUGUGUUCAACGCAAAAAUGUUUUUUUUAUCGAUUUUUCGUAAUAAUCCAGUUUUUGUUAGAAAAUUUAUAGUAUUUUUCUGAAGGUUACCUGAAAUGUGAUGUCAAAAAUGGGGAAUAUUUGAACCGCCAAAUUUAAACCGAUGAAAAUCUUACCCAAAAACCCCUCGAAAAAUCCCUGUCUAUUUUUUUGUUUUCAGUCUGGUACGGUCAAGAAUACGGCGAGGAAUAUUCGAAAGAAUUCCAAGCGCAACCUUUGACAACAACUCCAUCUUCAAAAACUCGAAUUAGUCGCGCCAAAAAUCCAUUUAUCUGGUGA